AAUCAAUCUUAAGGUCGCGAAGGUAUACACUAAUCGUUUUAUUAAUUUGAUAGGUUUUCACUGAAAACAGAUAGUUAUAACUUUAAUAAUGAUUGCUUCUAUCAGCACACUCGGACCAUAUGGGCGUGCUGCCUUCGGAUUGGCUAUGGCCACGUUGGGUAUGGUAUCUGUGAUUGGAUAUGUAGUUUAUCUUCGUGCAAUCUGGGGAAAUCGAGAACUUCAGAAGCGAACUAUAUUCCUCAUGUCUCUUUGUGUGUCAGACUUGCUCAUGAUCUUCGGACAUAUGGCUUGGACGGUUGCAGCCACUUUUCACCAGUCAUGGCCGUUUGGCGAUCUAGGUUGUCAGGUAACUGCUUUCUUCGCAAUGGGACCAGCGCUUGUCAGCAUCGCUAAUGUAACUCUGAUAUCGAUCGAUACUUACUACAGAGAAUGCAAGAAAGAAUAUUGCGGAGUUAAUUAUGGGAUAUAUCUGGCUGCGAUAUGGAUAACUGGACUUGCUGCUGGGUUCCUGCCUAUACUCGGAAUGGGCUCAUAUGGUUUCGAAAGCCCACUGCAAGUCGGUUGUCUGUUAGACUUCCAUGAAGCUAAAAGAGGAAUUGUCACUUACAUCGCUCUGUUGACUGUAGUAUGGUUCAUUUACCCGAUGUUCAAGUUGGUCAAAUAUUACAACAUGCUGCAGAAGGAAACUGGAGAUAGAUUUCUUCUUAGAGUUGUUCCAACGCAAAUGCUUUGCACCUGGACUCCUUAUGCCGUAUGCAGCAUUCUAUUUCUGGUUGCUGGACUUACUAACGUACCACAAGUUCCACUGGCCAUCAUAUCAAACCUUUGUGCCAAAAUAUCCAUCGCUAGCAACCCGUACAUUUACAUCGCUGGAGACCCGAAGUUGCGGAUCGCCUGUCAGCAAAUGUUGUUUGGCAAGAAGAUGACAUUCAACAGUGAUGUCACAAUCAAGGAGAAAUCAACUUGAUUCUAGUGAUUGAAUUUUUGUGACAUCACAAAUAUUAAUGGGAUCUUGUCAGAGAUAUGAAGUGUCUGUUAAUGUUUUCGUAUAGUUGUGUGUUUAUUGUUCAUCAAUAAAUGAAAAUAGGUGUAGAAAUAAAUGUUUAAUUUGCCGAA